AUGAGCAACCUGGAGAGGCUAAAACAGCGGCUGGAGGAGUCGCUGGAGAAACACAAAAACAGGUUAUUAAGGACGCGCCAUAAGAAGGCGAACGGCUCGGUGGAGGCCAAGGCCAUGAAAAGUACCAACAAGACAGGGGAGGAACCCAACAGAAUAGAGAGAGCGAAGAAGGAGAUGACCCACUCCGGGAGGGUAAACAGAGCAACAGUAGGAAGAGAUAAACAGCCCAACAGAUAUGAUGAAGACAGUUUGAAAGGCAGAUUGAUCGAAAGGCUAAGGGGUGCAAAGGUUCCUCCGGGGAGAGGGAAAAAGGAAAGCAUAGCAAUAUCGGGUGCUCCUUUGAGGGACAAGCUGCACUGCAAAGCGGUUUCUUUGAAAUGUGGGAGACGAGGGAGUGGAGCCAACCACGAAGUGGAGGGGAGAGCUAUAGAAGAGAGUACCGUGGAGAGGCACACCAUGGAGAGGCACACCGUGGAGAGGCCCACCCCGGAGGAUUGCAACUUCGAUGGGGUCUCCAACGAAGUUAGGGACAAUCUAAAUGACCUGUUCAGGCACUUUGUGAAUUGCAAAAUUAACAACCUGUAUGUUAUACAUGGGGACCGUGGGAAGCUUCCAAGGGGGGACUUUGCGGAAGAGGGCAGAGGGGUCAUGAUGAUUCCGGGGGUGGGGGCAAGCGAGGAGGUGCAGGAGGGAGUCCUUGGAGAGGUGGUUGGUGCGAACAGCCAACUGGGUGGCGCCUUCCCCGACGGUGAAGAGGUGGGGUGCGAAAAAGAUGCGAGGGGGGGGGCAAAAAGGGGAAGCACGUUAGUGGGAGGGGAAACGAAAAAAGGAAGCACGUUAGUGGAAGUACCGGCAAAGAAGGGAAGCACGCUGCUGAGAGGGGAGGCACCCCCGUCGAGCGAAUCCACGGGAGGAGACAUCGAAGGCGGAAGGUACAACAGCAAUUUUGUGAAGCUAAUGCAAAUAAAAAAAAAAAUAAAAAAAAAAAUAAAAGCAUUUGAAGAUGAAGAGAAGAGGUUGCUAUGCAGUGAUGAGAGGACCGUCUGCACUUUGGAAUCUUCAAAUGAGGAGAGGAACCUACCAGUUAGGGACCUCUCGACCUGCACAGAUGGCGACGUUACUUCUGCAAGGGGGGUCAAUCACUGGGGGGGGGUGGUAGUGCAGGUGGGCUCCUCUGUGGCGUCCGCCGUCAGCACUAACCAGGAAGAAGACACGUCUUCGUCUUCCACGGGGGAGAGCGUUGAGCUAUUCACGACGCAGAAAAAUAUUUUCGUCUGCAACUACUACGCGAAGAAGUCCAGGAGGAGGACGGGUAGGCGCGGGGAGCGGAGAGAGGGGCCCCCCCACGUGGUGAGUGGCGCUGCCAACUUUUUGGGCAGCGCCUUUUCGCUGGCCAGCCGCUCCACGGCCAUGUGCCGGCUGGGGGAGUGCCAAGUGGAGGAGUUCCCAUCGGGGGAGUUCCCAUCGGGGGAGUACCCAUCGGGGGAGUACCCAUCGGGGGAGUACCCAUCGGGGGAGUACCAAUCAGACGCGUACGAGGCGCACUUCGAUCCACGUGAGUAUAAGCGGGAACCACAGAGGAGAAGCAGCAGUCGGAGGAUUGACACCCCCGGAAAGACGAAAUAUGAGCUCAGCUCAUGCCCAUCCAGUUACCAUUCCAACCGGAGCAACUGUUUAUCUCCCUGCAGAGGGAGCGCACCCAACUGUUUGAGGGGCCCUUGGGACAAGGGCGGCCAGUUUAGCGGCGAGUUUAGCGGGCAGCGUGGCGGCCACUACUUCGGUGAGCCUAACGGCCAACUCAUCCGUCCGGGGGAUGACCCCCGUGCGAGCCCCCCCCCACAGCUAACGCGAAGUGCUCACCAGUCCUGUGGGGAACACACCAAAUGCUACAUAUGCUCAUUCCCCAUCCGCAAAAGUGAGGAGCAAUUCAUUUUAAGAAAAAAAAAAAGGGAUUACCACGUGGGGAGGAUGCAGAAGGGGGAGGCAUACAAGGAAAAGGAAUGCACACCGAAAAACUGUUUGAGGGAACCCCAUCUGUUAUAUCGUCGAAGCAGAUGUGAAGUGAGUCAUCUGCCCCAAGGGGUCCCCAACCAUGGGGGGGUGGUCCCAGGAGACAUGCUGCUUACUCUUAAGGGAGGCCCAAAUGAUGAGAGGGGGAGACUACUCCACUGUAGAGAGACACUCCAUGGAGGUGCUGGAAAAUGGGCUUGUAUGGCUGAUCAAGAGGGGGAGGAAAAAAAAAUGGAGAGUUUCAAAAGGCGCAUGGAGAUUAAACACAGGGGAGGGGCAACCCACGGGAGUGAGGAUGACAGAUGUGGGCAUGCUACCAAUUUGAGAUGCCACUCAGUGAGGGAAGACCACCCCCCCCGGGAAGCUUCCUUCGUCAUCGAUUCGGGUGGUCCCACGUGUGGAGGCACGUCGAAAGGGGAGGAAGCCGAGGAAGCCGUUUGGGACGGGGGAGGCUUCUCAUUACAGAGGAGUACCCAAGAGGGGGGGCUGCAAAGGGUCCUUCCCACGUGUGCAGUGAGGGGAGACGACGAAAUGAAGAACAAAAGGAGGAGCAGUCAGUGGAGGAACAACCCGGGGAGGGGUACCCUACAGGUGCCCCUCCCCCCUGGGGUAGCCCCCCCUGAUGUGGACCACCUCAGCGAGGCAUACAACACGUGGGUGUAUAAAGAAAGGGUGUGUGCGUCCGCCGAGCGGGAGGGGGUCAGCAUGGGAAGUGGCGUCCUCAGUGAAAGCACGCGGGGGAGGAAACCCAAGACGCGCUUCUGGAAGAUCAGCGAGGGGGACACGUUCAACUUGCCCAUCGAGGGGGAGGCGAUCAAUUUGAAUGUCAUGGGAGAGGCACUCAACUUGCCCAUAGAGGAAGACCCCGGGAAGGUCCUCCAAACAGGGGUGGUCCCCGGGGAGAGGCCCGCAGAAAGGCCCCCCAUAUUUAGCCGAGAGGGAGGAACAAACAGGAGGCGCGCCACGUCGAACGGAGCCAUUUUGAAGAAGGUGCUGAGGAUGAAGAUCGAGGCCAUGCGCAGGGAAAAGGGAAACAUGGGGGGGGAGGCGGAGCCAAGGAAAGUGACUCCACCGGUGGGCCCCGCCCAGGCAGAACAGAGCGCACAUAACGCACCGAAUGGAGGGAGGAACCGACUUAGCGAACGUGGGGAUGGUGAGGGAUGGGUGAGCGGCGAGAUGUCUAGACAGAUGUGGGGAGCAGCUCGCAGUAGAAGCGGGCUCAGUAGAAGCGGGUUCAGCAGAGGUGCUCUCAGUAGUGACCCUCCGAGUAGGCUUCCCCCGAGCAGUCGCGUGGAGAGAGAGGGCAAUGUUGAGAUGUCCCCCCCUGUGGAGGCCUGCUCCGUGGGGAGCGGCCCGGGCGAUGAAGAAGCUGAUGAAGGUGAAGAUGUCGAUGACGGUGCUGAUGUUGAUGAGGAUGGCCAUGAUGACGGCAGGGAGGCGCUUCGCUUCGACGAGUCCUUCUACUGCAACCUGAAGCGGAUGGAGAGCGACGACGUGUACCCGAACUCCGAGGAACCCAUUAGCUCCUCGGAGAAGAGGAGGUUACUGGAGGCCUACCUGGAGGACCUCAGGAGGAAGAAGAGGCAAAACGGGGAGAGGCAAAAGGGGGAGAAGCAAAACGGGGGGAGGCAAAACGAAAGGCUGCCCAACUAUAGCCUCAAAUAUAAUAUAGAGUUCUUUAAAUUCGCUCAGCUUAUAUGCCAAGACAAAAGCUUCUGCAGCAGUUACUUGGGGCAGAUGGGCACCAAUAUGGUAGCCAAUGGGGACGACGUCGACCGAAUUGCCUUUUCGAUUGUUAAGCUGUUUAACGCGCGCUGA